UUCAUCAUCAAUUCAAACCAACUCGCACAACGUUAUUGACCUUUCUUCCUUCUGCUGCAAGUUCAUACUACUCUUGUGAUUACACCAUCUUCUUUCAACACAAUAAUCAUCAAUUAUACCUUUGUCUUUGCGCACCUUGGCCAAGAUCGACCGACAAGAUGUCCGGCCACGGCGACCCGGAGAGAGAGCAGGCAAUAGAGCAAUACAAGGCGAAGCUAUUGGAAUCAAGAGAAUGGGAAGACAAAUUAAAAACCCUCCGAUUAGAGCUGAGAGGCCUUGAAAAGGAGUUCCAAGUCACCGAGGACAACAUCAAGGCACUGCAAAGCGUUGGCCAGAUCAUUGGAGAGGUGUUGAAACAACUCGAUGAGGAGAGAUUCAUCGUCAAAGCAUCAUCUGGUCCUCGAUAUGUCGUUGGUUGCCGAUCCAAAGUGGACAAGGCCAAACUGAAGCAAGGUACGAGAGUGGCACUAGACAUGACCACCCUCACAAUCAUGCGAAUGCUCCCCCGAGAAGUCGAUCCGCUAGUCUACAACAUGUCGCUCGAAGACCCAGGCCAAGUGUCAUUUGCAGGUAUCGGUGGUUUGAACGAUCAGAUCAGAGAGUUACGAGAAGUCAUUGAGCUGCCGUUGAAGAACCCAGAACUUUUCCUGCGGGUUGGUAUCAAACCUCCCAAAGGUGUGUUGCUGUACGGCCCUCCGGGCACGGGAAAGACCUUGUUGGCAAGAGCAGUGGCAAGCAGUCUCGACACAAACUUCCUCAAAGUGGUAUCAUCUGCCAUCGUUGACAAGUAUAUUGGCGAAUCUGCGAGGCUGAUCCGAGAAAUGUUUGGUUAUGCAAAAGAACACGAACCUUGUAUCAUCUUCAUGGAUGAAAUCGAUGCCAUCGGAGGACGAAGAUUCAGCGAGGGCACAUCGGCGGAUCGAGAAAUUCAGAGAACAUUGAUGGAACUCCUCAACCAACUAGACGGCUUUGACUACCUCGGAAAAACCAAGAUCAUCAUGGCAACCAACCGACCCGACACACUUGACCCCGCCUUGUUGCGAGCUGGACGAUUGGAUCGAAAGAUUGAAAUUCCCCUGCCCAACGAAGUUGGCCGGUUGGAGAUUCUCAAGAUUCACGCCGCAGGAGUUGUCACUGAAGGCGACAUUGAUUUCGAAACCGUGGUCAAGAUGAGUGACGGCCUGAACGGAGCAGAUUUGAGAAAUGUCGUGACAGAAGCCGGGUUGUUUGCCAUCAAAGACUACCGGGACGCGGUCAGCCAGGAUGACUUCAACAAGGCGGUGAGGAAGGUAGCCGAGUCCAAAAAGCUUGAGGGCAAGCUGGAGUACCAGAAACUGUAAGAUGAUGGUCUGAGGCAGGGGCGUUGGCGAAGCAUAGCGUUGGAUUUUGAGAUCCGAUCAUUGGCAUUCCCAAUUUGUCUCAGCUAGAGAUAAUUCAAGGGUGGCCGAGACUUGCAGGGGAUUCGAUCGACAUGGUGAAAGCUUUGGUCACUACACGAUGAAGCCGCUGCGUGUAUCAACAACUGGUCAAGUUAUAGGAGAUUGACAUUUGGUCUUCAAUAAUGCAACGAGGUGAUCCCAUGCUUAAGCUGGGUUGAACUGUGCCUGAACGAAAGAGAAUGUAAGGAUAUGUCAAUAUGCUUGACCGUAAAUCAUUACCAACAGUUAUACGGCGCUGCAUUCGAACAUUGAUGCGUUCAACCUUUGAGGUUCCCUACAUGGCCAGGAACCCAUGGGAGAAAGGUGUUUGACAUGGAGUUGUUGCCAUCUCUGAUCUCUAGUGUGCACUGUCUUGGUUGUUCUACUUGGGAAUCUUCAUCUAGCAGCAGAAACCCCACAAGACUUACCCAAUUGUGUCGAGUUGACCUCAUUGCGGCCCAAGUUGGCUGGCACUAUAUUUCCAAGAAGCGGCCCAUGGCUUGGAGAUGAAACACCAGAGUUGUUUGAGAUAUUUAUAGUACUAGAACAUGAACAUAUGUAUGUAAGAACACCUUGCCUUGUAG